ACGCGGACAGAAGAAGAGGCAGAACCCAGAACUACUGUCACGACCGUCCUCAUGACGACGAAAGAAAAAGUCUGAGUGAAAAAGAAAAUGAGCGGAAAAACUGCUUGUAAUUAAAGUCACAAGUUGUCAUGUGUACUCUGUAUAAUAGGAAGGAAGUGUUCUCGUGUACAGUGCUCCACUGUUGCUUUCUAUUUGCAUCUCCUCAGUGCUCCUCUGGUUGCGAAUAAACUGUAACUAAACAGUUGGUAAACUUUGUAAAAAUUGAGACAUUCGGGUCCUCCAGGGUUUAAGAGUUGUAGGUGGAAUUCAUCGACAGAGGACGUUAAAAGCACUAAUACUUAUAAUGUAUUAGGAGGAAAAAAGAAGACAGAAUGGCAGACAGAAGGACUUACAACGUUGUGGUUUUGGGUGUAGGAUUUCUGUUCAUUUUCACCGCCUUCACCACCUGUGGGAACAUUGAACAAACUGUGGUGAAAAGUCUGAACAAUUCAACUUUCAGCGGAAGUGGUUACCACAGUCUAGGGAUCAUCUAUGGAGUUUUUUCGUUCUCCAAUCUGGUUGCACCAACUGUUGUUACAGUUAUUGGAGCGAAACUGACCAUGUUUUUGAGUGGCCUACUUUACAGUGGUUACAUUGCAGUGUUCAUCAUGCCCUCUACUUGGUCAUUUUACCUGACCUCUGUUCUCAUCGGUAUAGGAGCAGCAUUGCUCUGGACUGCGCAGGGGCACUUCCUGGUGGAAAACUCCGAAGCUUCCACCAUCAACAGGAACACCGGGUUGUUCUGGGGUCUACUACAAUGCAGCAUGCUGUUUGGGAAUCUUUACAUUUACCUCGACUGGAACGGAAAAUCAGAAAUAUCAGACAGCAGCAGGAGGAAUAUUUUUCUGUUCCUGCUGGUCUCCUCCGUCCUUGGCACGCUCAGCUUCCUGGUCUUGAGGACGAGUCAUCGUGAAGAGGAGCUGCUGUCUGAAGAGGAAGGGCAGUCGCUGCUCUCAACGCGCACAACGUACAAGAACAGAGCCAACACCGCUCUUCAGGAUACCAAAACAGAGUUCCAAACCAUCCUGCAUCUAUUGAAGACAAAAACGAUAAUGCUCCUGAGUCCCUGCAUGGUCUACAGCGGGCUUGAGCUGUCUUUCUACAGUGGAGUGUACGGAACGUGCAUCGGCGCAACUGCCCACUUUGGAGAAGCAGCCAAGGGCUUCAUUGGGAUCUCUGGGAUAGUGGUGGGCAUCGGAGAAAUAGUAGGUGGGGGGUUGUUUGGACUCCUGUGCAAAAACAGUCGCUUCAGACGAACCUCGGUGGUGUUUCUGGGGAUGGUCGUCCAUUUCGUCGCUUCCUACCUGAUUUUCCUCAACAUCCCAGAUGACGCGCCUGUCGUCGUUGAAACCACCACAAAAAAGAAUCCAUUUCUAAGCCCAUCUGCAUCCAUUGCCCUGCUGUGCUCCUUCCUGCUUGGACUUGGAGAUAGUUGCUUCAACACGCAGCUCUACAGCAUAUUGGGUUAUGUUUACGCCGAACAAAGCACGCCUGCCUUCGCCAUCUUUAAAUUCAUCCAGUCUGUGAGUGCAGCAGUGGCGUUCUUCUACAGCGGCUACCUUCUGCUAACGUGGCAGCUCCUGCUUCUGGUCAUCCUCGGCUUUGCUGGAACUCUCUGCUUCUUCGUAGUUGAGAGGAUACAGGAGUACUCCAUGGAUUCACAGGAAUUUUGAAAAGCAGGAUUCUGUGGUCAGAAUCAUUUGGGUCCUGGAAAACAAAUGUAGUCCUGAAACUCAGUCUUGCAUUUUUAAUUUU